GCCAUGAGCGCCUCGAAGCCGGACAUCCUGUGGGCCCCCCACCGGGGGGACCGCUUCGUGGUCUGCGACUCGGAGCUGAGCCUGUACCAGGUGGCGCCCGCCGCGGCCGGCGCGGACCUCGGGCCCGGCUCCCUGCGCCUCUCGGGGGACGCGGCGGCCACGCUGCUGUCCGUCAACGCCGACACGCCCUACAUGAAGUGCGUGGCCUGGUACCUCAGCCGCGACCCCGAGUGCCUGCUGGCCGUGGGCCAGGCCAACGGGCGGGUGGUCCUGACCAGCCUGGGCCCGGACCCUAACCCGCGCUUCCGGGACCUGAUCGGCCGCGAGUUCGUCCCCAGGCACGCCCGCCAGUGCAACACCCUGGCCUGGAACCCGCUGGACAGCAGCUGGCUGGCCGCCGGGCUGGACAAGCACCGGGCGGACUUCUCCGUGCUGGUGUGGGACGUGUGCAGCCCCUACGGGCCGGAGGCGGCGGCGGAGAAGGCCCGGCCGGAGGCGGAGGCCGGCCCGGUGGUGACCAAGCCGCUGUACGAGCUGGGCCAGAACGACGCCUGCCUGUCGCUGUGCUGGCUGCCCCGCGACCAGAAGAUGCUCCUGGCCGGCAUGCACCGCAACCUGGCCGUCUUCGACCUCCGCCACGCCAGCCAGAAGCUGUUCGUCAACACCAAGGCCGUCCAGGGGGUGGUGGUGGACCCCCACUUCCCCGACCGGGUGGCCUCCUUCUACGAGGGCCAGGUGGCCAUCUGGGACCUGCGCAAGUUCGAGAAGCCGGUGCUCACCCUGCCCGAGCAGGCCAGGCCGCUGACCAAGGUGGCCUGGUGCCCGACGCGCACGGGCCUGCUGGCCACCCUGACCCGGGACAGCGGCGUGGUCCGGCUCUACGACAUGCAGCACGCGCCCACCCCGCUCGGGGACGAGACGGAGCCCACCAUCAUCGAGAGGAGCGUCCAGCCCUGCGAGGCCCCCGUGGCCUCCUUCGCCUGGCACCCGGCCGCCCAGAACCGCAUGAUCGCCCUCACCCCCGGCCGCGCCCUGGCCGACUUCACCGUCUUCGAGAGGAUCUCGCUGGCCUGGAGCCCCGUGGCCUCCCUGCUCUGGGCCUGCGGCCGCCACCUCUACGAGUGCGCCGAGGAGGAGGAGGGGGAGGCCGGCGGGGAGGCCGCCGGGGACGCCCCCGCCCCGGACGAGGACGUCGCCCACAAGAUGCGCCUCCGGGCCCUGGCCCGCUACGGCCUGGACACCGAGCAGGUCUGGAGGAACCACCUGCUGGCCGGCGGCCGGGACCCUCAGCUCGAGUCCCUGUGGUACACGCUGCACUUCAUGAAGCAGUACACCGAAGACGCGGACCAGAAGUACGCCGGCAACAGAGCGUCCUUGGUCUACGCCGGCAUCAAGGCCAUCGUCAAGUCGUCUCUGGGGCCGGCGGAGAGCGGCAGGCCGGGGUGGAGCGGGCCGGAGAAGCCGCCGGACGGCCCGGCGCCGAACGAGGAGCGGGUGCUGGCCCUGCAGCUCUGCGGCUGGAUCCGGAAGGGCACGGAGACCGACGUGGGGCCCUUCCUCAACUCCUUGGUCCACGACGGCGAGUGGGAGCGGGCGGCCGCCGUCGCCCUCUUCAACCUGGACAUCCGCCGGGCCAUCCAGAUCCUCAACCAGGGGGCAUCUUCCGACAGAGGGGAUCUGAACCUCAACGUGGUGGCCAUGGCCCUGUCGGGUUACACGGACGAGAAGAACUCCCUGUGGCGAGAGAUGUGCGGCACGCUGCGCUUACAGCUGAGCAACCCCUAUCUGUGCGUCAUGUUCGCCUUCCUGACCAGCGAGGCGGGCUGCUACGAUGGAGUCCUGUACGAGAACCGGGUGGCCGUGCGAGAUCGCGUGGCUUUCGCCUGCAAGUUCCUCAGUGACGCUCAGUUAAACAGGUACAUCGAGAAGCUGACCAACGAGAUGAAGGAGGCCGGAAACCUGGAGGGAAUCCUGCUGACCGGCCUGACCAAAGAUGGCGUCGAUCUGAUGGAGAGUUACGUCGACAAAACCGGAGACGUCCAAACGGCGAGCUACUGUAUGCUGCAGGGUUCCCCGUCAGAGGUGCUUAAGGACGAACGGGUUCAGUACUGGAUCGAAAACUAUCGGAACCUUUUGGACGCCUGGAGGUUCUGGCACAAACGGGCGGAAUUCGACAUCCACCGGAGUAAACUGGAUCCCAGUUCCAAACCGUUGGCGCAGGGGGAUCCCGGUCCGACGAGAAGGUGGACCUCAGCAAGGACAAGAAGCUGGCUCAGUUUAACAACUGGUUCACCUGGUGCCACAACUGCAGACACGGCGGGCACGCGGGACACAUGCUCAGCUGGUUCAGGGACCACGCCGAGUGCCCGGUGUCGGCCUGCUCCUGCAAGUGCAUGCAGCUGGACACCACCGGGAACCUCGUCCCCGCCGAGACCGUCCAGCCCUGAACGCCGCCGGCCUUCCCCGGGAAGGGGGGGCCUCGGGCCGCCGGGGGACUGUUUUCGGGAGACCCCGUGGGCCUCCUCAAUAAAAGGGCGAAGAGCCCCGACGGUCGAGAAGCCGCCUGGAGUCCGUCGCGUCUUCCUUCGGGGGGCCCCGUCUUCCCCUUCCCAACCGGCCCGUUCUCUCGGCCCGUCGUCAUCCCGGGGCGGACCGACUCUUCCCGGAAGGAGGGAGGUACGGCCUACGCCCUCCGCGCUCUGGCAGAGCGUCGGGGAGCGCUGGCCCGAUCUUACAAAAACACCUGCCUUCGUUUGGGGGCGUCGUCACCUUCCCGGCCCUCCCGUCGGUGGGAUUUACCGAGCGCUUACCGUGCGCGGGGCGUUGGACUACGCACCUGGGAGAGGCCGGUGUAACCCAGUAGGUUCGUUCUUUCAUUUAAUCGUAUUUAUCGGGCGCUUACCGCGUGCAGAGCGCUGGACCUGAGCGCUUGGGAGAGCCCAGGGUAA